AGCAGAAGAUGGAGACAUUCUGUUAUAAAACAGCUGCAAAGACUCACGUUUGAUAUAAUGGUGCAGUCGCGCUGACUUAUUGAUAGAUAGAAAGUGUGAGUGAGCUUUAGGCCACAAAAUACAUAAAUAUUUACCGUCAUUUCUUAGUUGCCUUUGAGAAACCAUAUUAUUUGAUGAAAACUGUCCUGUCUUGGAAUUGCCUUUUUUCCACUUUAGCCAACGUGAUUUUUGAGGUGUGUGAGAAGCUGUUUACUAUAGGGUUUAAGUGUGUCAGUGACCCCGUGCCACUUGAAUAGUUUCACAUGAACACGAAAUAUCGCGUCUGGCCGCAACAUAAAAGUUCAGACUGUCUAAAGUUCUCAGAUUAAACUCUGAUCAUGUCAUUUGGCUGCAGAACAUGGGCGGUCACUUUUCUGUCUAUAUAAACAUGAGCACAGCACACCUCUUGAGAUUAAUCACUCAUGCACAUGAUCAGGCACACAGUGCACAUGUCUGAGCAGUCACAAGUCUCACCCAGCUGGAAUGAAAGCAGCACAGUGAUGGAGUUCAGAGAGCUGGGAGCAGACGAGAACACUGAGGGCGAUAUGGAGGAUCUGGAUAGUGUGAAAGCCCUGACAGAGAAACUCAAACUCCAAACGCGCAGACCGUCGUACUUAGAAUGGAAGGAGCGACUGCAGGCUCGCCCGUGGAUUGAUGCCACAGACAGUUCAAAUGUCAGCAGCCCAGGAUCUGUGGAGAAGGACACCCAGCUAUCCGACGACUGGAAAGAUGGGAUGCCUUAUAAGAAUAUAUGCGGCUUUGAUACUAUAGACGACGCGUUACAGUGGCUCAGAAACGAACUGAGAGAGAUGCAGAUGCAGGAUAACCAUCUCGCACGGCAGUUGAUUCGCUUACGGGGGGAGAUCCACAGGCUGAAGGUGGAGCAGGUGUGUCACCGUCACAAAGAGAUGCUGGAUGACGCCACGUAUGAGCUGGAGGAGUGCGAGGAGGAAUCAGACCUGCUGUGUGACAUCCCCAUGAAAGCCGCCUUCACUCUUUCCACAACUCUCAAACAUAUUGGUCUCACCAAAAUGAACCUCAAUUCCAGACGAUUCUCACUCUGUUGAGAGGCAGACGCCCCUCAAGAAAACUCCAAGCAGAACUUCUAUUGUAUUACUGACACUGAAAGCCAGUCAUUCAUUUCAUUAAAACUGGACUAUAAUAAUAAAAAAACUUCCUUUUUCCUCAAAUCACUUAGCCUUAUUGAACUUUGUUUGACCAGACUGGUGGUCAUAUCUGGAAAUGCAGUAACCAGCAAUACAACAGCAAGCCAUGAUCUUCACAUCUAUUAUUAAACCACUUGUGAAAGUGGACUCCCCACAGGUCUGAGUUGGGGAAGAGUUUAUAUUUACAUUUGAAAAUAUCUGAAGUAAUCAGGAGGAACCUGCUUCUGUGUCAAAAGGCAUGUGACCUGCACACACUCCCUUCAAUGUUCCCGACUGCUCAGGAGAUAAAACACUCUCCCGUCGGCUUGGCUGUGAUCCCGAGCAGCAGCCUCACAGGAAGUGUGAGUUUGUGAUCAGACAUUUUGUCACCUUGUCUAUUAAAACCUAAAAAUAACCCACACUCUAAGGCUUAGAGCUGCAACAAGUGAGAAGCUUUUCAGCCCACUGUCAUUGUUUGGUCUAACAUAUGUUUUUUCCUGAUGUUUGAGAAUGUUGUGCUUGGGAAACUUUCAUAUACACAGUGAGUUUACUAGAUUUAAAUGUUUAUAUAUAUGUAUAUACAUAUAUAUAUAUAGUGUUCUUUAUACUUCCACAGAACCCAUUAAAGUUCAGUUUCCAUAAUUACAAGCACUGGAAGUAUAGCACUGCUUUUGUGCAUAUAUACUGUAAAUGCUUAUGUCAGAAGCUUCAUGAUAAAAUCAAAACAUAUCAAAGAGGACCUUUUAUAUAUACAUAUAUAUAUAUAUAUAUAUAUAUAUAUAUAUAUAUAUAUAAUUUUGUCUUGGGACUGAAUGUGCAUUAACAAUUUGUUAAAAAAAUAGAUUAUGUAUGAAAUGAAUACUUCUAUUCAGCAAAGAUGCAUUAAAUUGAUUAAAAGUGAAAGAAAAGGCUUUUACAUUGUUUAAAAAAAGGAUCAUGAGACACUGGAGUAAUGGCUGCUAAACAGUUUGCUUUGUCAUUACAGGCACUUAAUUUGAAAACAAUAAAAAAAAAAAAAUGGACCCAAAA